UUUAAUUUCUCCUAACUUUUUGCACUUUUUAUGCACGAAGAACUGAUCUUUUUUUAUAAUUUCUUCCUGUUGGAUCGGACGUGAGCUCGCUCGCUGUGAAGCUUACUAUCUUUCUCCCUUUCGCGCACUUCUUCUGCCAAAUCCCGUAAAUCCGCCGAGCUCCAGGAUUUAAUAAAUCCGGUAUUUAUUCCGCCUUGAGAUCUACGGGCUGCAUAAAUCCUGUUUGGCAGGAUUUAGCAUAAAUCCUGCUCAAAUUCUGCAUAAAUCCUGUUGCCAAACAGUCUCUUGAGUAGUUUUUUUUUUCUUUUGACCUUUGCGUAUUGGGCACCCUUCAUAAUCGAAGCAAAAAACAAAGACAUUUUUGCUAAUUUCUUGCAUGUUUUUUAUCAAUGAUCACUGUCUGAAUCUGAGUUCUGGGGAGCUAGCUUCUUUCAUCAAGGUUUCUGUGGCCUUUAUGCGUUUUUUUUUUCAUACAACUAAUCCGUGCUCUAUAUCUUUCUCUUGUAUCUAAAUCAUUCAGAUUCAUUUAUAAAAUUUCCUCUUGCGAAGAUUUAAUACGAUUAUGAUUUCUUUUUCUAUUGACCCAUUGCCUGUUGAAGAAAGCAAGAAUUUUUGUAAUCGCUUCGAGUUGUCUUUUUUUGUAUAUUUUUUUCUUCAUAGUAGUUUCAGUCAACUCUUUUGUGGGAUAUAUAAUUGAGUGAGUUCGCAUAGUUAUGAAGCUUUUUUAUUCCUUGCUUACCUCAAGCAAUCAGUGGAUCAAAAGCUACAAGCCCUAGACAAACAUUACUUCUGAAUGGUUUUCUCGUCUUUAGCCAUUUCAGUUCAAGUUUUUUACUCUGAGUUUUUCAGAGAAAUUUUGAAAGAUGUAUGUGAUUGAAGAUAAAGGAGGAGCAAUUGCUCUGAUGAUUGCUUCCUUGCUGUUUUUGGGCACCUGGCCUGCUGUUUUGACACUUUUGGAGAGAAGAGGUCGUCUUCCUCAACAUACAUACCUGGAUUACUCCAUUACAAAUCUGAUCGCUGCCAUUCUAAUUGCUCUUACAUUUGGCCAAAUUGGAGAUAGCAAACCUAAUCAACCUAAUUUUAUCACUCAGCUUUCCCAGGAUAACUGGCCCUCAGUGUUGUUUGCAAUGGUGGGUGGGAUUGUGCUGAGUCUUGGGAAUCUAUCAACACAAUAUGCAUGGGCCUAUGUUGGCCUUUCAGUAACAGAAGUGAUAACGUGUAGCAUAACAGUGGUAAUAGGAACAACUAUGAAUUAUUUCUUAGAUGGUCGAAUCAAUAAAGCCGAGAUUCUGUUCCCUGGAGUUGGAUGCUUCUUGGUUGCCGUUUGUCUUGGAUCUGCUGUUCAUUCCUCCAAUGCAGCUGAUAAUAAAGAGAAAUUAAGUGGCUCCUCAUGUAACAAACGUGGAAACGCUUGUGCCUGGGGAGAUUACAAGAAUGGAAGCAAAGAACCAAAGAAAGAUGUGGCAAAGGAUGUAGAGAUUGCAACUUAUUCUUCGAACAAGAAGACAGAGAAGUCAAAAGCUGGCACAGCUGAAUACCUUCUAGAACUUGAAGAACAGAGAUCAAUCAAGGUUUUUGGUUCAAACAUGUUUCUAGGGCUGGCCAUUGUGUUCUUUGCUGGCAUUUGCUUCUCACUUUUCUCUCCAGCAUUCAACUUGGCCACAAAUGACCAAUGGCACACCCUAAAGAAGGGAGUGCCCCAUCUUGUGGUCUAUACAGCGUUUUUCUACUUCUCCAGCUCAUGUUUUAUCCUUGCAAUUGCUCUAAAUAUAUGGUUUCUUUACAGGCCCAUUCUUGGGCUACCAAGGUCAUCUUUUAAAGCUUACAUUCAAGAUUGGAACGGGAGGCAAUGGGCUUUUCUAGCAGGUCUUCUUUGUGGAUUUGGAAACGGCUUUCAAUUCAUGGGUGGGCAAGCUGCUGGAUAUGCUGCAGCAGAUGCUGUUCAGGCUUUGCCGCUUGUCAGCACUUUCUGGGGCGUAAUUCUUUUUGGAGAAUACAGGAAAUCAUCCAAGAAAACCUACAUUUUGCUGAUAAGCAUGCUUGUCAUGUUCAUAGUCGCAGUUGCUGUUCUAAUGGCUUCCUCUGGACACAGAAAGUCUUGAUGAUGCUCCCAUCUUCUCUUUUCUAAUAUCUCAAAAUAUAUAAACUACUCUUUUGGUGCAACAGAAUGAAGAACUGAGCUGUUUCUGUCUCUUAUGCUUCUUAAUGAAGCACAUAUGCUCUGCGCUUUUGCUGCAGCACCAGAAUUACUAUUUGGUGGUUGGAAUGGCUUACAAGGCUGCAUUCUCUGGAGCUACAGUUCAAUAUUUCAUAACUUUUGAUUCUUUCCCUUGUCCAAUUCUGCAAAGUGACAGCUUUCCGUCUUGCAAAAAUAUUUAAUAGCUCAGCUAUGUUUGGAAUGAAAAACAAAUUGUAUUGUUCCAGUGUUCUUGUUGAAAUUCACGCACAGCCCCUAUUUUCCUUUGGUCUUCUUUAUCAUGACAAUCAUUGUUGCAGAGGUAUUGGACUUCUAGAAGUUUGGCAACUUCAGUUCUUACAGCCUC